AUGGUCACCCCUACAGCUGCCCGUAUGAUGCAAGCUACCAGAGCUCGCAUGUUCCGGCCAUCUCCAGCUCAACUGCGAGGAUUCGUCUAUCGCGAAAACCGAGUUCCCUACUACCAACGCCUCUUCCAGAACCACGACGGAAAACGGCAAUGGUGGAAGGUCAGUGAAGCUUUUCCUUUCCUCAAAGUGCUGUUUGUCUACAAUUCAUACAAUCUGCAAGUAUACCAAAACACGGCUGUGGCGCAAGAGGUGGAUUUCUCAUUCAUCUAG